GGUUGAGGCACUAGAGCACGGUCAUGUGAUCAUGCGCACUCGGCCCUGUUGUUGAGUUUGUUAUGACAAGUCGAGGCCUCGGACUAAAUUAGGAGUGAAGCCCCCCGUCUCUGUCCCGGGCGAAUCCGCUAUGGAGGGCAUGGACCUGGACCUGGAUCUGGACCAGGAGCUCAUGCAGAAAUUCAGCUGCAUGGGUACAACAGACAAAGAUAUCUUAAUAUCGGAGUUUCAGAGGCUGCUCGGCUUCCAGCUGAACCCCGCCGGAUGCGCCUUCUUCCUGGACAUGACCAACUGGAAUUUACAAGCAGCCAUCGGAGCGUACUAUGACUUUGAGAGUCCCAACAUCAGCGCGCCGUGCAUGUCCCUGGUGAGGGAUGUGACGAUUGGUGAGGGCGAGUCAGUUCCACCAGACACACCUUUCACAAAGACCUGGAGAGUACAGAACACAGGUGCAGAGUCAUGGCCUCCUGGGGUUUGUCUGAAGUACGUCGGAGGAGAUCAGUUCGGUCACGUAAACAUGGUGAUGGCGCGGUCUCUAGAGCCUCAGGAAAUGGCUGAUGUUAGUGUGCAGAUGCAGAGCCCUGCGUCUCCGGGCAUGUACCAGGGCCAGUGGAGAAUGUGCACAGCCACCGGACUUUACUUUGGAGAUGUCAUUUGGGUGAUCCUGAGCGUGGAGGUCGGAGGCCUCCUAGGCGUCACACAGCAGCUCUCCUCUUUUCAAGCAGAGUUCAACACCCAGCCUCACCGCAGCCUGGAAGGAGACUACAACCCCUUCGCCUCGCCAGAGAAGAGCAAGUGCCCCAACAGCAACAACAACAGCCUCCAUGACGCCAGCGGUCACAGGGUCGCAGGGGAACACUGGCAGGGAAGCCCCAACCAGAUGCAGCAAGAGCAGAAUGGACUUUCACACAACUCUGUGGAUCUAGUAGCAAACAGUCUACAAAGCAAUCUAUCAGUAGUCUCUUAUAACCAGGGUAUACAGGAGCCCUAUCCUUUUGGGCACUCUUAAAUCAUGGGACUUGUCACAGUGAAGCAGCACUAAAACCUCCAGAGUCUGUCACACCAAUAACAGAAAGAAGAGGCUUUUAUUGGUAGCUGGUAGGAGAGUGUGGAGAUUCAAAAAAACACUUUUAUGCAAAGUCCGGCUCCACUUUGAGAAAGCAGAUGCCAACGCUCCCGACGUGCAGCUCAACCAACAUCCCACAACAACCCACUGUAUGCACGUGUGAAUGCUAAGUUAAAAAAAUGAGUGCUAUGAUGAGUCUUUUGAGUGGUAACUUCUUUCUUUUCUUUUUUUUUUUAGUUGUCAGAGUGCAAAUGAAACAAUGAUGACAGGAGUGUGUGUGUAUUUGUGAAACCGUGUGUGUAUACGUGUGUGUGUGUGUGUGUGCAUUGUGCAACCUGAAAGAGAGACUUUGGAGGAAAAGCCAUUUAUUUUGCCAACUGAUUCUCCAGUUUCUGCUCUGACUCUUGGUAUAUCGAUCGGGUUUCUUUACCUGUUCCCUGUAACUAAAUCAAAUAAUCUAUGAAACAAACCAUUGGAUAUCAUUUUUUACUUUAUAUCUUAAUUUUUUAUACACUUUUUAAGAGAAGGGGAACAGUCACAAUCCUUCAGAAAUAUAGCUGAAGUUCAUUCAACAUGGCUUGUGCAUAAUCAGUGAUCAUCUCUAUGCUGUCACAGUUACUGCAAUUUUUAAAUGCAAUGCAAUUUUCUCCACUGGAGGGAGUCAGCCAUUACUCUAACAAACAGAAGAUCACCACUGAGAAACACAACUAUAGCUCCUAUGGUUUAUUCAAGUUUAGUCAUCAUUGUACAGAAACAUCUUUCUCCCAAAAACGAUAUAAUCUAGAGCCAACAAUUUUAUUAUGCCUUCUGUAGAUUAAAACACAAUGAAGGUUUUUUUCCUCACACAUGAAAUAGAGUCAUUGCUGGUACUUUGCAUAAACACAUCUAUAAAAUAUUAGACAAAUAUUAGCAGAAUAUUCUUUAUUAGGAAUAAUGCAGUAUUUGAGAUUUCCCCAGUUAUUGUCUGAGGCUAAGAUUUAGUUUUGUUUUACAUGCUUGCAUUAAAAUUAAAACACAGGAUUAAAGGUGCUAUUGAUAACAUUCAGCUACUACAUGUCGCAUUCUCCCUCCCCCGUUACACUCACUUCACACGAACUGGCAACUUGGUCGCUGACGACACAGAGAUACCAACGUUAUACUAUUUGCUCACAAGCCUCGUUAGAAGUGGGAACCAAACCUUAGAUAUCUUCCACCGAGAUAAACAAAACAUUCAUUUUGGACCCGUCAAAAUGUUGAUUUAUUCACAAUCAUAUGAUGUAUUUUAGGAAAAGCCACACUUUUAUUGGGCACUUUUCCAAAAGCUCUGUGGAUGUAUUAUUUUUCUUAAAAUAUUCGUCUACAUAAAAAUGUUAUCAAUAAGACCGUUAAUGCACACUAUGACAUUGAAUUCAAGCCAUAUGAAAGCAGUAAAAAACACAACUUCACAUUAUGAAAACAUAAAUGUUCUUCGUCACCUUGCUCUGACAUUUUAAAAGCUGUCUUGGAGUCGCUUUCAUCAUAUUAAGUUGAAUGUAUUAGAUGAAUGUAGAAGAGGAUCAUGUUUUUUGGAAACUAUAUUAAUUUUACCCAAAGAUUCAACAUUGUAUAUUUGCAUUGAACUGGCAGUUUUAUUAGUGUAAUUAUUGUUCUGAAUAUUCCUGUCUAUUGUUAAAAUGAUGCUUCGGCUAUUCCACAUCAGAUGAAUAUUCUCACUUAUCAUUGAUGACGUUCAUAAACACAUUUGAUCCUGUUUGAUCAUUUCAGAUGCAAACUGAACUGCACCAGUAAAAAUACAACGAAAUGACAGACUCGCAUUGUCUUGAAGAAUUGUUGCUGCAUAUUUACUUGCACUAACUGGCUGAUCUAUGCACUGAUUAAUGCGAACUUCAUGACCGGGCCUGUGUGUAUCUUUCACCUCGACAAGUACAGUUAAGUCCUGAAGGGUUUAUAGUCUGGGAUUUUAUCUCCUCAUCCACAGCCGGUGUGUUAGACCACCUCUGUCAGGUUAACAACCUUUCCAUUGAGGCACUAACUGUUAGCCCCGGGGGGUUACUGAGCUUUGACAACAUGACAAAACCAGCCAAUACUACUAUCUCUCUGCGACACCGCUGCAAAAUGUUAACGAUAAAUGUUUCACCCUGCCGUCAAAGGUAUUUGCUGUCAAUGCCAAUUCAUCGAGUGCGUUUUGUUGUUAGUGUAAUAUCUCUCUGAGGUCUCCGCUGGCCAGAUUGCAGAAUGAAUCAGUUGGCAUUAGACUCAUACAACAGCACAUUUAUGAGUGAGGAAGUGCAAACAGAUGAAAGCUUUUUUUCCCCUGUAUGUCUGAUGAAUGUUUGUAUGAUUAAAUUAUCACUGAAAACUUAA